AUGGCCGACGCGCCGUGGACUGAUGCCAGGCACCACCGCCUAGCUCCGGCACAAGCGCCCGUGGGGCGCUCGCCCGCCAUGCCACCGACCAAGGCGCACCACCUUGCUCCGUCGCCGAAGGCGGGGUCCCCGGGGCCCUUCCCACCCGAAGGUCCCGCCCAGGCGCCGUCAUCACCUGGCGAUGGCGCGAUGAUUCCGUCGUCCGGUGCCACCCCGCCUCCGCCUGUCACGGCGUCGUCGACUCGGCCGGUGAUCACUGCCACGAUAGCGCCUUUUGAGCACAGUAGCAUCGCCGCGCCGGCCACAUCUUCAUCGUGGACCGCCGCCUUCUCCUCCGUCGCAGGCAGCGUGGCCCUGAUGCUGCUCCGAGGCUAUUGA